CUGCGUCAUUCCGCGGAGCAUUUGCUCUGCAUCAUCCGUAUCGUCCGAUCUCUCAGGAAAACGAAAACUCAACACGAUUACCAACUACGACACCAACCUCUGUUGCAGGGAAAACUAUUGCCCAUAGGUUCUGUGUCAAGUAUGCCUCCGCCGUCGAAUCACCGAAAAGAUGUUGAACCCCCCGAGGAAAUCACCUCGGAAGCUGUUCGAGGAUUCUUGACAGGAGCGUUUCGAUUUGGCUCCGUAUCUAUCUUAGCGCAUAUGAUCAUGAUCCUCCCCCACCCUUUCAAGUUCUCUCCCUCCGCAACACCACCUGCACCGUCACAGCCUCAGGCGCAAUCCUCUCCCCGACCAGGUCCGUCCAUCCUUUCGAAAGACUACCUCCGAUCCAGGCUAUUCUAUCGCCCUCUGGAAGGUUUCUCAGACUGGCUUUCUCCGGCUUCCCGGAUCUAUCGGGGCUUGACCCCCCAGUACAAGGUUUUUCUCCAGAUUGCCGCUAUGACUCUAGGAGGCUGUAUCUGGGCUGAGAGGAGGGUGAACGACUAUAUCGAUCUCAUCCGGAAAACCAAGCGGGCGGAACGAUUGGAGGCCCAGAGAGCGGCAAGAUAUACGGAAUAAUGACGAUACACUUCCUUUUAGCAGACGGAAUGAAAAAGGGACCUAGUCCUCUGGGAGUCAGCCUCAUUGUCAAGCCUAUC